AUGGUUGCGACGUCAGCAUGCGCAGCGAAAUCCAUGCUUACCUCAGGAAAGAAGGUAUCCAAGCCACUCAUGGAAAAGAAACGAAGAGCUCGUAUAAAUAAAUGUCUGGACCAGUUAAAGUCGCUUCUGGAGAGUUAUUACAGCAGCAGUAUUCGAAAGCGCAAACUGGAAAAAGCAGACAUUUUGGAGCUCACCGUGAAACAUCUGGGGAACCUCCAAAAGAUUCACAACUGUGCCACUGUUGCUGCCGAGCUAUCUGAGCACCACGCAGGCUUCCGUAGCUGCCUGACAAACGUCAAUCAGUACUUGCUGAUGUCGGAUUUGACCGGGAGUGACCGUUGGAUGUUGUCGCAGCUUUGCGCUAAACUGCGCCGCUCCUCCUCCAGCACCACGGACAGCGCCGCGGGCACCGCUGAUCCACGGAGCCUUCAUCCGUCAGCGGUCAAAUGCAGACCCGCCGAAGCCCACACAUCUCAUUUUUGCGCAGAAGAAAAUCCUGGGAACAAAGAGCGCGUCCUCGACGUGUCGCAAAAUACCCGAGAAGAAAAAUACAGCAAGUUUGACUCCGUCAGUCUCUGCAACAAUGAAGCUGGAAACCUUCAGAACGACGUAUGGCGGCCCUGGUAG